UGCGAGUCGUUAUGACAUUUUUGUAUUAAACUCCUCCCGACCAAAACCGCAUUAUUUUCAAAACGAAAAAAUAAAAAGAAACCGCAUACCCUUAAACAAAUAACACAUAAUCUACCAGGCGUCGGAUUUCAAUCCACCUCCUAAAUGAUUUUCUGAAUCAACGGUGAGCCUUAUCCCUCUCUCUUCUCUCUCUCCUCACACAGGGAGAGAGUGAGCGGAGAAGAAAAGAACCUCUUUUUCACAGAGAGAGGGGGUUGGAAUCCCAUCAAUCCGUCUUCCCCCUCCCUCCUUUUUCUUUCUCUUCUUCUUUCUUCUGAAAUUUCCCAGAAAAUAAAGGGAAGGAAGGUCUGAGAGAAACCUAGUAAUCGUUUGCGAUUUAUGGGUUCGGUUCUGGAUUUUGAUUAGUGGGUAUUGGAUGAUUUUCCAUUUCUUUAAUUUGGGUUUGGUAAAAAUUGGUAUUUGGGGGUGUUAAAAAGGAAAGGGAUGGACUUGGAAAGCAUCGAGUGUGUCUCGUCCUCAGAUGGUCUUGAUGAGGAUGAGAUCCAUCAACACCAUAACACGCUUCACCCACAUCCUCAUCCUCAUCAACACCACCAUGACUUUUCCAAGCCAAGAAGCAAUGCCACCAACAACACCACCAUUCCCGGCCCCACCGCCAUUGCUCCGGCGACCAGCGUCCACGAGUUGCUUGAAUGCCCGGUCUGCACCAAUUCCAUGUACCCACCAAUCCAUCAGUGCCACAAUGGCCACACACUGUGUUCUACUUGUAAAACAAGGGUGCACAAUCGCUGCCCCACUUGUAGGCAGGAGCUUGGAGAUAUUCGGUGUUUAGCGCUGGAGAAGGUGGCUGAGUCACUUGAAUUACCCUGCAAGUAUUACUCCUUGGGAUGCCCAGAGAUAUUUCCAUACUACAGCAAACUAAAGCAUGAGUCAGUGUGCAACUUCAGACCGUACAAUUGCCCAUAUGCUGGAUCGGAGUGCUCUGUUGUUGGGGAUAUCCCUUUCCUGGUUUCCCAUCUUAGGGAUGAUCACAAGGUGGACAUGCACACAGGAUGCACAUUCAAUCAUCGCUAUGUGAAGUCAAAUCCUCGGGAAGUAGAGAAUGCCACUUGGAUGCUUACAGUCUUCCAUUGUUUUGGUCAAUACUUCUGCCUUCAUUUUGAAGCCUUCCAGCUUGGCAUGGCUCCUGUUUAUAUGGCAUUUCUACGUUUUAUGGGUGAUGAGAAUGAGGCUCGGAACUACAGCUACAGCCUAGAGGUUGGAGCAAAUGGCAGGAAACUCAUAUGGGAGGGGACCCCACGAAGUAUCCGCGAUAGCCACCGAAAGGUCAGGGAUAGCCAUGAUGGUCUCAUUAUCCAACGAAACAUGGCUUUAUUCUUCUCUGGAGGAGAUAGGAAGGAGCUGAAGCUGAGAGUUACUGGGAGGAUAUGGAAGGAACAGCAAAAUCCAGAUGCUGGGGCGUGCAUACCAAACCUAUGUAGCUAAGACAAAUGAUUUUGAAAGUUUACAGUUUGUUGUUUGAGACACUGUUGUGUGUUGUACCUCUGCCAGCUUUUUCCUGGUAUGUUGUAAUGGACUGUGGAUUCUUGAGUUUGGAAGUUUUCAGCUUUAAUAAAAAUUGUAUAAUAAGCAGGCGUUUUCUUCCUUUUCA